AUGUCAUGUGUCGCUUCCGGUGUGGAGAAUGGCAAACAGGUGAUCCGGGAGCAAGUUGUCGCCGAAAAGUUUGUCUUCAGGGAAAAGGACGCUACUUUGGAGCAUGCGCAGGCGAUGCAUGCUGCUAUAAAAUCUUUCAUGGAGACGGAAUUUGCCUCGUACCUUUGCCUGGGUGAGCUGGACAUAGGUGGCCUUCGUCAGAUUUGCGAUGAUCCUGAAUCUGAGGAAGGCCAUCUUGAAGGUGACCCUUCUCAUGCUGGACCUUCCUCCACCCCUCCGUAA